UCGCAGAAGAAUUGUUGUUGUGAAAAUGUUUCUUCUUUUUUAAAACUUUUUAUUUAAUCGGCGUUUUUGAGAACAGAAUCAGAAGUCGCACUUGACACAGUUUAGAGUGACAGAUCAUCAUCCCAUGGAGGAGGAGGAGGACAACGUGGCGCUCUCUUGCUCAAUGCUGGUCCCUUUCCGAAACCCGACCCCCGCUCACCACGGCGGCGUCGUUCAGCCCGUCCGCCGCCAACUGGCGGUGGUGGUGCCCCCCACAACCUCCGCAAUCACCGCCGCCUCCUCCUUCUCGGGGUUCGAACUCCCUCGCGGAUGGUACGUGGAGAGCGUACCCCGCGCCGACGGCAUCCGUUCCGACAGGUAUUACCAUGAGCCUGAGACUGGAAAGAAGUUCCGUUCCACAAAAGAAGUUGAGAGAUACCUAACAGGAGUGGAAUAUACACCACGGUCACGGUCAAGGUCAGAUAGGCCAUUCACACUGGGUAAAAUGAGUUCACGUUCCAGGAAAAUGAUUGUUUCAGGAGGAAUGUUGUUGCCACUGGAUAAGAGGGGAUCUAGCCGACGACAAUUAGUUGUGGCCCCCACCGUCACUGCAGCUAUGACACCGUUCAAUCUCCCUGAUGGUUGGGUUGUGGAGGAGGUACCCCGCAAGUGCCAUGGUUGGUUUGACAAGUACUACUAUGAACCUGGGACUGGACGGAAGUUCAGAUCCCUGCUUUCUGUUCAGCGAUAUCUGGCAGAAGUGGGAGAGGAUGCACCCCUUUCCCAGUUGUUUAAAUCGGCCAACCGUGUUAAGAAAUUUGGAUUGCAGAAGAAAUUUUCUUCAGGGAAGUUGAAGAGUUCAACAUCUGAUAUCCCCAAGCCACCGGAAAAAAUCAACUGGGUUCUUGCUGAUCCUAGAGGGAAUACGUGGAACCCUUUCAUUGGAGAAUCAAUGAUUCCAGAACCUAUAAAACAACGAUGGGCCAAUAGAUUUGCGGUAUCCAUCGAUGACACAAAUUCUACUGCACAUUUGUUGAAAGACAAAGGUACUUGUGCUUGGUUUACCAAAAACACAAAGGUCAUGUUAAAUGUUCUCACUAUUUCUGGUACACUGUUCUAUAUGAUUCGUUGAUUUAUUCAUCCUCUAUUUGUUGUUCUGAGUACAGUUGGAGUCAGAAUAUACAUCUGACAUGAUCCAUAGUAUCUUAGGGGGAUUCUAUAUUGGGGAAAUGGAUUCAUUUAUCCCCAACGGUUUUCACAUUGUUAGUUUGGGGUGCAUCUAUUUGGCGCUUCUUAACUUCUGGGCUAGAAGUAUUCAAUAGCUUGUUUUCAAUUAUUAUUUGGAUGUUUUGUGAUCGCAUGCGGACAUUUUUCUUACGUUUUCGAUUGUAUCUUACUUAUCUUGUGCCUGAAAUUUCCAUGCAAGGCCCAAACAUAUUACUGAACCGCAUGGGAAUCUCUGUUUAUUUAUUAAUUAUUUUCUUUAUUUGCAGUUCAUGAUGAUUAGCAGCCGAUGAACUCUGGGGGGAGAUGUAAGAUAAAGUUUUGGCAAUUUUGUAGUGGGUUGGCACCAGGUUGAAUGGGACUACACACCCCACUUUGUACAGUUUUGGCGACAUUGAUUAUCCUAGCUGCUGUAUAAAUUCCCUGUUUUUAUCUUUGAUUGCCUCAGUAAUGCUUGCUUAGUUCUUGUGAUACUAUUAACUUGCUGAGGUUCAGUGAUCUUUGAAACAAGUUUGA